GGCCAGCAGCCGAGGUAGGGUCAUAGGGGUAUGUUAUUCUAAACCGAAGCACCGUGUGCUCCGGCAGAAAAUAGUCCCUUCGGAAUGUGUAUCUUUCACACUCAAACAAUUGUUGUAUUAGACCAAGUUUUCUGUCCUCGACCGGGAACAAGUGUCUUGACCUAUCGGUUGCGUGAUUUUAUCAGCCACCGUAGCGAUUUUGAAUGUGUUGAAAUCCGCUGGACGAGAAGGGGCUGCAUGUAAUGAAGUCCAACAAUAGGCAGCGGAGAAAGAGACGGAGGGGAAGGAGAAGAAGGUAAAGGAGGGGGGAGGGUUGGCAUGUUCUCCUCCCCGGCGGAAGGAGACGUUGCGCUCAGGCAGGAGAAUGAAUCGCAGCGCCACCGAGCCUGAAUCCGACGUAGUAGAAUGGAGCUGAGAAUAAUCAGAGUUACAUUGUAGCCAGAAACAAACCGAAUAUUGUUACAAUCUAACAGUUCCGUCGGAGGAAUAGGACACAGCAAUGCGAAGCCUGCGCUGAACAGCAGCGGCCGGGGUGAGAAAGAGGCAGAAAGAUGGGCGCCGUGCUACGGACUCUGUUGUUAUGUAGUUUUUGUUUGCUAAUACGAGGUGUACCCCUCCUGCUGUAUGCCAACCGGCGGGACCUGCGGCUGGUGGAUGCGGCUCACGGCAGGGCCAACGCCACGGUGGUGGUGGGCGGUCUGGAGGACGCCGCCGCUGUGGAUUACGUAUACGCUCAGGGAUUGGUCUACUGGAGUGAUGUCAGCGAGGAGGCCAUCAAACGCACCACCUUCAACCAAUCAGGGCCCGGCGCGGCGGCGGCCCAGACCGUGGUUGUAUCGGGCCUGGCGUCGCCGGACGGCCUGGCCUGUGAUUGGUUAGGCAGGAAGCUGUACUGGACGGACUCCGAGACCAAUCGGAUAGAGGUGGCUGAGCUGGACGGAUCGUUACGGAGAGUUCUCUUCUGGCAGGACCUGGACCAGCCCCGAGCCAUCUCUCUGGACCCGGGGAGAGGGUGAGUACCUGACAACCUGUCGUAAAGGAGUGCUCGGUAGAACUACCUGGACCCGGCUUGGUCUGGGAGGAGGAGGAGUGUCUCACCUUUGUCCCUUACCUGGAUUGGGUUGCAAGGUUCCUAAAACCAAGAGCUUCUCCCUCGAACAGACGUAUCCGUCCGUCUGGAGGAUACUAGAACGUUAGGGAACAGUGCAGGCUGGAGGUACAGGGACGUGUGUCUCCGUCUGGAGGAUACUAGAACGUUAGGGA